AUGGACAUGCAUUUACCAGAAGAAUUGUUGGUGAAUAUACUAAUCAGAUUGCCAGUAAAAUUGCUGCUUCGAUUCAGGCGUGUUUGUAAAUCUUGGUGCUCUCUAAUUUCCCACUCUGAUUUCAUUCUUUCACACCUUCAUCAUAAUCAGGUUGCUCAAAACUAUAAUGUUCUACUUAGAAAAUAUACUUUGGAUUAUGAGCAUGAUUUUUAUAGUUUGCAUUCUGAUAAUGAAGAAUUCAAUCAAAUUCAAACCCUAGAUUUCCCAAUUGAUUACUUUACCUUUGCUGGUAGUGUUAAUGGUUUGAUAUGUUUGUGGGAUAGAAAUUUGGCUACAACUUACAAAACUGUGAUACUUUGGAAUCCCGCCUUAAAAAAGUGCAUCACCCUUCCUGAGUUGAGAUUGAACCUAUCGAUUGAAAGGGUUAAAAGUAGUUCGUGUUUCGGGUUUGGGUAUGAUGUUUCGUCAAAUGACUACAAAGUUGUCAUGUUGAUUACAUAUAGGAGUAUGAUAGAUGACUAUUCUCCUGACGAAAUUGCAACUGCUGUUUUCUCCCGUAGUCGAAAAUCGUGGAAGACCCUUGAUUUUGCGACUCUUGCGAUCGAUACAACAUUUGGGUUAUGGGAGAUGAUGGUGUUGCUAAGUCGUGGACCAAGACGUACAGUUGGUUUUAGUAAGAAAGGAUUGUUGCUAGUUUUUGGGAAAGGUGUUUUUUUAGUUAUUGGUGAAGAUGUACGAGUUGUGAAUUAUGUGCCUUCUGGCCCUCAAACUCUUAAAGAUAUGGAUAGUUUUAUGACUCGAUGGCAAGUGGAUUCAUACCAAGAGAGUUUAGCUCUACUCCAAGAAGGUGAUGAUCUACCCUUGUCGCCAGCAAGCUUUGGCAGUGGCAUGUACGUGGGAAGCAGUGACAAUCUGGAGAACAUUGUAACAAAUUCUGUUCAUUUUAGGAAGCUAUGGUUAAGUAAAAUGCAGAUUUACUGUAAUGGCAUCAAUUCUGAAGAGGCUGUCACUGGCUCACUGCAGCAGCUUGAUAAAGUUUUCGAGCUGUGGCUUUCUUAA